AUGAAGAUUCUCUUCUUCUGUACUGCUUUCAAUUCAUUAUCGCAGCGGGCGUACCUGGCGCUCUCGGAACAGCACUACGUGACGAUUGAAUAUGCCUUGUCCAAUGAGCUCAUGAUUGAGGCUGCCGAGCUUGUCAAGCCCGAUCUCAUCAUUUGCCCGUUUCUCACGACACUUGUGCCCGCCCAAGUAUAUAACAACUACCUCACCCUCAUCGUCCACCCUGGGCCGCCGGGCGAUGCUGGCCCAAGUGCCCUGGACUGGCUUCUCAUGGGCGACGACGGAACAGAGCCGGACAGCAAAAAGCUCCUCCAACGCAAGUCGCUGAGCGAGCAAGGACGCCCUUACUGGGGCGUCACCGUUUUGCAAGCCACGGCCGACUUUGACAUGGGCCCAGUAUGGGCGUUUGAGCAGUUUGCCGUCGACAUUGACCAGCCGCACAUAACCAAAUCAAGUCUCUACAGAGGACCAGUCACCCGCGCCGCCAUCACCGCUGUCCUGAAAGCAGUAGACCGCAUCACCAUUUCCGCCGAUGCAAGAAACGCCACCGCUCACAAAUCCGCCUCACCGCCGCCGCCGCCGGCCAGUAUCAGUAUGAGUGCCGGAAAGGGCAUCACCGAGCGCUCCUCGAACAAGGCCGCCGUAGACCCGAGCCUCGUCGCCAACGCCGUCUUUGCCCAGCUCUCCGUCACCACCGGCCAGCCCUUCCAGGGCGGCAAGACGCUGCACCGACCGCUCCUGCGCGCCGCAGACCGCGACUUUGACCCGAGGAUCCACGACGCCGUCGAAAUCUCCCGCCGGAUACGAUGCGCCGACUCGCAGCCCGGCUGCCUCAGCAGCCUGUUUGGGCCCAAGCUGUACCUGUACGGCGGCGUCGUGGACAGCGGCAAGCAGGCCGCCGGGUCGGCGCCCGGAUCCGUCAUUGCGAGCCGCGAAGACGCCGUCUGCAUCGCCACGUGCGACGGCAAGGGCGUCUGGAUCACACACGUCCGCCGCGUCAAGGCCAAGACGGACGCGUCGCUGUGGCCCAAGGUGCCGGCCGUCCAGGGACUCGCGGAGCUCUCGGAGCACAGCAUGGGAUACAAAAACCUGCAGCGCGUGGUGUCGAUGCGCGGACGGCAGCGGCCCGGCAAGGAGGAGGAGGAGGAGUGGUCUAGGGCGACGAGCAGCACGCUGCAGGACAUUUGGAUCGAUUUCGAGCCGGCUUCUGACAAGGACGGCAACAUUGCAUACGUCUUUUUCGAUUUCUACAACGGAGCAAUGAGCACAAAGCAAUGUCGACGGUUGCUCAAGGCCCUGCAAUACAUUCUUUCAGUGGCUAAUGAAAAGUCUGUCCGAGCUCUUGUGUUGAUGGGAGGCUCGUAUUUUAGCAACGGUAUUCAUCUCAACGUCAUUGAAUCUGCCGCAGACCCGGCGCUCGAGUCAUGGUUCAACAUCAACGCCAUUGACGACCUCAUAUACAGUAUCCUGCACGACUUUCCCGGCCGCGAGAUCAAGACCAUUGCCGCCAUUAGAGGAAACGCCGCCGCUGGCGGGGUUGCCCUGGCCACCGCCUGCGAUUUUGUCCUCGCUGGUGAAGACGUAGUGCUCAACCCGGCCUACCGUGCCAUGGGUCUCCAUGGCUCCGAAUUUCACAGCCUUACCUACAAUGCCCGCUGCCGCGGCGAUCACGGCAAGCGGAUCCUACGCGACAUGAUGCCUCUCAGCGCCAGCGCCGCCGGCCACUUGGGGCUCGUCGACCACGUCCUGCCCGGCUGGGGUGCGAGUCUGGAUUCCGCCGUCAAGGCGCAGGUCAAGGCCCUCAUCCUCACCUCGGUCCUUGUCGGCGGCGGCGGUGGCGCGCGCCCAGACUCGACGGCCGAGUGGAAGCGCGGCCUGGACCUGUCGAGCGGCGCGCUGGCGCGCAUCCGCGCCGAGGAGCUCGCCGAGAUGGCCAAGGACUUUUGGAGCCCCCGCGCGCGGCGCUACCACCCGCGACGCCACGACUUUGUGCGCAAGGCCAAGCCGGCCGCCACGCCCCGGCGGUUUGCGCUGCACCGCAGGUCGGACGGCCUAAUCGUGGACGAAGAGGACGACGACCGCUUCGACUCGGUCGAGUGGUUCGCAGUCAAGGAGAGCGUCGUGAUGAUGACGACGAUGACGAAGACGCAGCAGCAGCGCCUCGAGGAGCUGGCGAUUCCCAAAGAGCCGGAAAAGGUGUAUGCGCGCAGCGUAAAGGCGCAGUCGGCCAGCAGCGGCACGACCGAGGGGCUGAAUUGGAGCAGCAAAGAAGCUGUGCCCAGAGCAAAGACGCGAGGGACCAUAUUUUGCUGCUAUUAUGAUCCAGAAGACGAAAAAGGCGCCAUGGAGGUGUAA